AUGUCUUCAAGAUUAUCGUCAGUGUCUGAGGAGAGUGUAGAGAGCCAGCUGAGUGUCAUCGAGGCCCCUCCUGUGGAGAAGAGCUCAACAGUUUCAGAAAAGCAUGCCAGCAAGAAUAAGAAGAACAUAAUUUCAUCUUUCUUCAAGAAAGUACGUAAGGCUGUGAAGCUUCCCAUCUGCUCCAAGAACACAGUGGACUGUCUACCACAGCAGGACCCACAGUUUGACAACUCUACACCUUGCCUGGAAGGGUGGAGCGAUGCCGCUUUAUCCAGUUCGGAUGGCUGCCCAGAGCAGUCCAGCUUUACACUUCCAGGUGAAGUGCUUGUUGAGCCAGUAAGGGCUUCAGCUUGCCUGAACCUAAAGACAGCAUCCAGAUUAGAUGACUCUACACCUAACGUCAUCUCUGAGGGCAGUACAGACAGACCGAAAUUGGAGGCUUCAGUUACAAAAAAGGGUACAGAAGAACAUAGGAAGAGGAGAAGAAUCCACUCUUUCUUCAAGAGCGUGUGGAAGGCUAUGAAAAAGCCUUUCUGCUGCCAGAACAAAGUGGAGCCUUUUGUGCCUCCACCAGAACUGGAUGAUCCUGAGCUGUCACCUGUCCCAGAGCCUUCAGACUGCGUCCCAACUAAUGAAUCCAUUAGCACUCGCUAUAUAGUGCAAAAUAUUAUUGGAGAAGGAGGCUAUGGCAAAGUGUAUGAGGGAAUCCGUAUUUCCGAUGGCAAAAAGGUUGCCAUCAAACGUAUUAAAAAAACUGUACGGGAUCAUUAUCUUCAAACUACUGUACAUCCCAAACCUCUCAUUACUGAAGUUGCGCUGAUGCUAACGAUGAGGCAAGGACCCAUAAGCCCCUACGUCAUCCAACUAUAUGAGUGGUUUGAGCACCCUCAAGUAUUCACUCUCGUGAUGGAGAAUCCGGAUCCCUGCGAGAGCUUGUGGGACUUCAUCAACAAUAACCCUAACAUGAAUGAGACAACAGCACGGCUCAUCAUGUGUCAGGCGGUGCAAGCAGUACAGCACUGCAUUGAGUGCGGUGUUUUUCAUAAUGAUAUUCAUCCAGACAAUAUCCUGUUGAGAAAACACACUUUAGAGCUCAAGUUAAUAGACUUUGGCUGUGGUCAUCUUAUUAGUAGUAAUGGCUAUGAUCGCAGUCAAUAUAGAGGUGAGCUGGCAUUUUGUGUAACAGAGUGUGGAAACCAGUAUUUAGUGACUUAUUACUGAUCAUGUGAUUCUUAUAAGAAUUGCUCAAUGCUGAACAUGUCUUGCUUACAGGAAUACAGGCUUACUUCCCACCUGAGCUCUUCACCUGUGGCAGAUUCUACGCCAUCUCUACAAACGUCUGGGCUCUAGGAGUGUUGUUGUAUGAGAUGGUGAACACGUGUUCUCCAUUUUGCAAUAUAACUGAAAUCACACAAGCUGAAAUUAGGUUUGAAAACCCAGAUUUAUCCAAAGGUGAGAGAAUAGCACUGACAACACACACAUACAGCUUCUGCACAGAAUUAACAAACAUUGGUAGAGAAUGUCCUGUCUAAAACACAGACUUUAGUACUUACCAACUGAUGUUAGAGGUUAGAAUUAUGUGUUCAGAGUUAUGUUUCUAAUAAUUGUAAAUUCCCUUAACCUUAAAUUAACCACGUUUCAGCUGUUUUGUGCAUGCUAACAUUAGUCACAUGAUCACGACUAACCAGCUCUCUCCUGAAAACAGAAUGCCGUGAUCUGAUCGUCCAGUGCCUAAACCGUGAUCCAACUGAACGGCUGACUCUCGAGCAGAUCUUGCUGCAUGACUGGUGUAAAACAGUGGAUCUAGAAGAGUCAGAGGAUUGAAACAGCAUUGGUUUCAGAGUUGAGCCAGUGUA